CUUUUUUUCAUUUUUACUUUUGAUUUGAUCAUGAUUUAUUUACAACAUCUUCUUUUAAUCGAUUGAGUUUAUAUUAAAAUAAAUAACAUUUUUUAAAAAGAAUGGGAAAUUUUUGGUCAAACACAAAUUCGAAUGAUGCUCAAGAAAAUUCAUCAACAAAUCAUUAUUAUUAUUAUCCACCAAAAAAUGGAGCAAGAUAUUUUGGUUCAACAUUUAUUAUGGGUAAUGAUAAAUUUGAAAUGACACAACCAGAAUCAUAUUUGUUUGGGGAAAAUUCCGAUUUAAAUUAUUUGGGUGGAAAACCAAGCCCGUUUCCAUAUGCAGCACCAUUUCCAAAUGAACCUAUGCAAAUGUUACGAUCAUUGAUUAAUAUUCGUAAAGAAACGGCCAAAUUGAUCAGUCCGGAUAAUGGAAUCGAUGUUACUGAUAUUGAUAAUAAUGUCGCCGACAACACAACAACAACAACAACGAAUAACAACUAUACAAUUGAAUUUAUAUUCGAUUCAGAUGUUGAUUGUUCAAUAACAAUAUAUUUUCUUUGUAAAGAAGAUAUUACAUCGCAAGGAAUUAAAUACAUUCCAAAAGAUCAAACAUAUCGUUCGGAAACAUUCCAUUAUAAAGCUGGAAUUGGGCAAUUAUUUUCACAAAGUUCAUCACUGUUUAAUCCACAAAAUUAUAAUAUUAGUGAUUUAAUUUAUAAUAUUUUCGAUGAUAAAGGUGAAUUUAAUACCGGAGCUCAUUAUCCAUUGGUUAUACAUUGUGUAUCGGAUGAAGGUGAUCAACCCAGGCAAUCACAUUCAUUAAUAGCAAUUAUUGAAAAAGUUUAUGAUCAAAUCUUUGCAUUGAAACCAAUUAAACAGAAAAUAUUUGUCGAUGGUCUAACAUAUCUGCUACAGGAAAUUUAUGGUAUUGAAAAUAAAGCCGAUAAAAUUAAUAAUGAUAAACUAAUGGUAUCAUCGAUGAAUAAUGACCAAGAUGAUCAAGAUAAAUCAUUUGAAUGUGUCAUAUGUAUGAGUGAUUUACGUGAUACAUUAAUAUUACCAUGUAGACAUUUUUGUGCUUGUUAUAAUUGUUCUGAAUCAUUAAGAUUUCAAACAAAUAAUUGUCCAAUUUGUCGUGUACCAUUUCGAGCGCUGUUACAGAUAAAAGCUUGUAAAAAAAUUACAACAACGCCAACAACAAAUAAUAAUAAUUCUUCGGGAACAGUGUUAAUAAAUUCAAAACAACAACAAUCAUCAGAGGAUUUAUUAAAUGAUGUUUUGAUUGAUAUACCACCCGGUUAUGAAGCAAUACCAUUAGUUGAAGCAUUAAAUGGACGAUCAACAACAAUUCAAUCGGAUAUUUUGGCGUCGAAAAAUCGAUUAUCAAUCAAAUUGAAAAAUGAUUCGAAAAUGGUGAAUAAUAACCGAAAAGAAAAUGAACAAACUGAACAAAUCGACGACGAUAGUAAAGAUGUCAUGGAUAAAAAAACUGAAAAUUUCAAUUCAAAAGAACCGGUAAUCUUAUCUGAUGAUAAUGCUAGUGGAUCAUCAUCAUCGACAUCAUCAUCAUCAUCGGGUACUGCACAAGAAGAUAAUGCACAAUUAAUGGAAAAACAAGCAUUAUUAACAACAACAACAACAAAUGUUGUAAUGACGACAAAGGGGAAAAAUGAUGAUGAUAAUGUGGAUGAUGGUUCGAUUACUAAUAACGAUAAUGAUGAUCCAAUAAUAAAAACAUCCACGACGACAUGAUUUGCUACAAGGAUUUUUAAUUUUUUUUUUCGUUUUUUUUGUGUUUAUAUAAAUCAAUAAAUCGAUUUA